AUGGAUGCUGCUCGAAGUUGUUUCUUGUUGAUUUCUGGAGUUGGCCAUCCCUUUAAACUCAAGGUUAGUCGUCGUUCUGUCGAAAGAGAUCGAGGUCGACUAGCGCAGGGUCAGCAGAAACGGUCGUCAUUCUCUCGAGUUAGUUUCGUGAGCUCGGCAAGUGCAGAGGUCGACGAGUUCGGCAAGUGCAGAGGUCGGCGAGUUCAGCAAGUGCAGAGGUCGUCAUUUGGAAAGGAGUUAAGAUCGGCCAUUGCUCAACUCGAGCAGGUCGGCGUUGCUUUUUACCUGAUGGCUCGGCAUAUAUCUCAGAUGGGUAGGAUGCAUCUUCCGAGAGGCGUCCAGCCGCAGACUACGGGGCGACCGGAUGUGGUUCUGAUUCUUCCGAUCGGGUCAAGGCUGCCUUCGCCACCGGGGAGUAUUGACUCGACGCCUUCUACUGGUGGUUCCGGAUCGCCAUCUUCCUCGGCUGGGACGAGGUCGGGUCGGGAUGGUUCCGCCGUAGAUAUUAACACUCCUAUGGCAAGCAGGGUGACCGGUUACGUUGGUGAUGCUAGAAAUGAGCUCGUUGUUUCGGCUCGUCCUGACGCAGGGUCCGCAGAGCCUGGUUCUCCCUUGCUGUCUUCAGGUGACGAGUUUCCUCGAUCUAAGUCGUCGGCGCAGUCUUUGGAGGAUAUUCGGUAUGCUUGUGGGGUUUCCGACUGGAGUUUAGAGUUCCUGUUAUGGUUUUCGCUGCUGAAGCUUUUGUUAGAUUAUUGCGAGGCUAGGGAGAUUGCAUUGACUCAGCUCUGUCCGGGUGCGAUCCGGAACGUGGUUGGGGCGAUCAUAGUGGCGGAGUCGUUUGACGUUGAUAUGAGUCUUCGUUUCUUCGAAGAGAUAUCGAGUGUGGUUUGGAAUACCAAAGGGGCUCAGCGAACGGUUGCCGUGAAUAUGAAACCGGGAAACAAGGUGGUGACUGAUGUUCCGAGCAAGUCCCAUUCCUGGUGGAGGCGUUAUUUCUAUGCCCGAGUGAAUUCGGCGUUAGUUUGCGGUGGCGAUAGUAGGAUAUUUGUGGAUCGAUGGAGUCCUGAAUUUGUUCUCCAUCCGGUCGGCGAGGAGCGUCCUGUGGGUUUCGAGGAGGAUCUUGCGAGGAUUCGACAGUUGGGAGCUCAGCAGUGGUCUAUGAUUGUUGAGGCUCGGAGGGCUAGGGAGUUUUAUCACGGGAUUACAGUUCAUUUCGACGAGACAGGAAAGAUGGAGAAGCGGUUGUUGAAUGUUCCUAAGCUCUCUGGCAAGAAGGCUCCGUCGGCAUCCUCUGGAGAUGCGGCCGGCUCGUCUUCGGCUGCUCGGAGAGUUGAGGAGAAGGAUAAGAGGCCGGCCGAGCCGGAGGCGAGAGACGCGAGGAGCAAGUCAUUUCCGAUUCGUCUCGUGCGGGUGAAGGAUAGCGCGGGAAAAGGAAAGGUCGGCGAGGCUCUUUCGGGGGAAGACCCGGGUCGUCCUGAGGGUUCUACUCGCGGCGCUGUUGCCCCGGUGCAGCGCGAAGAGCGCCCGAUGGUGUACGCGCUUUCUGCAGGUAAGGGAGCAUCGGCGAACGUGGAUGGUGCCUUCGACGAGCCGGCCAACAUGUUCGGCGGGCCUAGCGAAGUGGUCGAGGAUGGCAGGGACUACUCUUUUUUGUAUCAGUAUGAUGGGACUGAUCUGUUCGCCUCCAACCCGGAUGCUUGCGUUGACUUAUACCAGAAGAUCAGUCAUUUCCACAAGGAGUACGCUUCUUACGAUGCUGAUGCGGUCUGGGCGAAGAUUUACCGGGCGAUCGCUGCUUCUACUCUUCAGAUGACGGUGAGUACUAACCAGCUUAACUUCUUGCUGCGCCGAGAGAUGCGCAAACUAGAAGACUCACUUGCUGUUGAGCGCCGAGCCAGGGUGUCCGCGGUCGAGAAGCGAAAGGCGGCCGAGCGGGAGGCAGCCGAAGCGGUCGAGAAGUUGAAGGCGGCUGAGAAAAGGGCGCUCGAGGCCGAGGAGAAGCUCAAGGCGUCUCGUGAAGAGGCUGCUGGUCACAAGGAGAGCUGGAAGGAGAGAGACGACUCCACGGUGUUCGAAAGGAGACGCGUCCUCGACUUGGUUAUUCCAGAGUAUCGCGACAAGGUUGGCAAGUUCGAGCGGUUCUACAAGAGUAACGAGGCGGUUCAUACUGCUGUUUCCGCCUACAUGAUGGCUAAAGGUGUUUUUGACGCAUUCACUACGUUGGUGAGUGAUAAGACUCUUCUCCCCGAGGGCACGAUGGCCAGGUUGGAAGGCGAGAGGGAUUUUGCCAAGGAGACGGCCUUGGAGUUGGAGGUUGAAGACAUUCAGGAUAGUGACUUCGUGGUGGGUUCGGUUAGCGACUGGAUGGAGCUCUUGACUUCCCCUUCGCCGGUGGAGGCCCCGACAGAUCAGUACGGGAGAAUGUCGGCAGGCCUCGCUUCUACGGAUAUCUCCUCUUAGGUUCCCCGGUGUGAAGGGGCCCUAGUCGUUUCUCGUUUGUCGGCGUUGCAUCGCUGUUUCCACUUUGUCGUUUUUUCGUUUGAGGAUUUGUACUUGUAACUCUGUUUUGCUUGUUUUGGUUGCACCUUGUUGGAUUCCUUUUUCGUAUCUUUCGGAUCUUUGAGGUUCAUGAUCCUCUGCUUUGGUUAUUUUGUCAUUAUUUUGCUGUGAUCCCUUUCUGUUAUGC